AUGCCCUAUCCCCAUCAACUCGGAUUUCAAGAUGCUACCUCCCCUAUUAUAGAGGAACUGCUAUACUUUCACGACCACACACUAAUAAUCGUAUUCCUAAUCAGCUCACUAGUGCUCUACACUAUCUCCACCAUGCUCAGCACAAAACUAACCCACACUAACACUAUAAACGCCCAAGAAAUUGAAAUGGUAUGAACCAUCCUACCCGCCAUAAUCCUCAUUCUAAUUGCACUGCCCUCCCUACGAAUCCUAUAUAUAAUUGAUGAAGUCAACGACCCAUCACUAACAGUAAAGACCCUAGGUCAUCAAUGAUACUGAAGCUACGAGUAUACAGACUACGAAGAACUUUGCUUCGACUCUUACAUAGUACCAAGCACGGAUUUAAAACCAGGAGAACUACGACUUCUUGAAGUAGACAAUCGAGUUGUCCUCCCAAUAAAAACCCCCGUACGAAUACUGAUUUCAUCUGAAGACGUACUACACUCAUGAGCCAUUCCAUCCUUAGGAUUAAAAACAGACGCAGUCCCAGGACGUCUAAAUCAAACAACCCUUAUAUCUUCACGGCCUGGGCUAUUUUACGGUCAAUGUUCCGAAAUCUGUGGAUCAAACCACAGUUUCAUACCCAUUGUAAUCGAAAUAGUGCCCCUAAAAACAUUCGAAAGCUGAUCAUCAUCAAUAACAUAA